AUGGUAUUCUCUCUCCUUCUCAAUCACCUCUCAUUCACGUCUAUUGCAAACGAUCACAUCUAAUCAAAAUGCGCUACGCACAUAAAGAUUAUGUCAAUGGCUCAAAUUAUGACAACUUUGGCACCAGAUACGACCCGCGUUAAUGCAUCAUUGGAUGUUAGUCAAAUCGGCGCAAAAGUAGCAAACUUAUGCGCCUAUGUCUGGUUGGCGCAAAAGUGGCUAAGUUUUUGCCAAAAUUGUUCCACUUGUCCGAAAUUAAUUUCGAGUUUCUUUUAUUAAAAGUUACUGUAAUGGUCAAAUAAAUAUUUCAAGCAAAAAAUAUGUCAAUGGCUAUUUUGGUAACACCCUUUCAUUUUGUUUUUUACUAUUAUUAUUAUUAUUAUUUGUAUAUGUCUGGUUUCCUUUCUGUUUUCUUUCUCAUAAUACCACCCCAUUCUUAUGCAUCAAUCUGUUUGAUUUUAUUUACCUAAAUUGUUUCCUGCAUUUUAUGGGGUCAAAAGACCCCCUCCUGAUCCAAACCAUAAUUCCUUUGAAGAUGAAUGCUCAUAAGGUGAAAGGACUUCUUAAAGGCCUUAGAUACAUCUCUCAAGUUUUUGAAGAAGAGAAGAAACAAGAAAUACAGAUUGGCGGUCCAACGGACGUGAAGCAUGUUGCUCAUUUCGGAUGCGAUGGACAGGCCCAAGAAUCUCCCAGCUGGAUGAAGGGGUUUGGUACACCUGCUGCAUCAUCCAACGGAUCCGAAGCCUCAAGUCAGGAUGGUCCUGAUUGGGUGUCUGAAGAUGCAGGCCAAAAAAUGUCCCGAAGAGAACGUAGACAUCGGCGUCAUCGUUCAGUGGAAAAUGCACCAGACCCUGAUUCUCAAACCAAAUCAAGGCAGCCGAGACGACACCACACUAGGGGCGCUGAGGGUCGUCGUGCUGAGAACGAGUCAUUGCCAGAACUCCCGAAAAGAAAUCGGAGAAAGAAACCACAGGACGAUGUUAAUUCGCAAGCAUCUGCACGCUCCGAUGCAGAAAAAUGACCUGAAACUGAAAGGUAUCCAUUUGGUGUUUUUAGUUUUUAGUUUUUUUUUAGUUUUUUUUUUUUUCAUAGCCAGUCACCCAUUGUGGAAACAAGUUUCAUGCUCUCUUUUUUUUGCCAUUUAUACCAUUCUCUUUUUAUGUAAUAUAUGACCAACUCACUCUUUUAUUCUUAUUGCAAAAAGUUUAACACAUUGUAACAA